GCAGUGUAAUUCAAGCUGUACCCAGAGUGGUAGUUCUCAACUGCCCUCUUCCCUAUAUUAAAGUUUUAUCUGGAACCACUGUUGAUUUUACCUGGAAAUUCCGUGUUUUUGAAGAAAAGAUGAUAAAGGCAAUUUCGUGGUACUACUCUGUCUCCGACGACAACUGGACGGAUAGUGAAAAGCUAGUUCAAAAAACUUUCAAGGUGAAUCAUUCAAACGAAGUUAGUGGAAAUCCUCUUUUGAAACCAGAUAAACGUAACAGGACGAACUGCACCUUUGAUCAUCAAGACCAAAUCUUCACAAUGAAUUGCCGCUUGACGAAUGCAAAAGCAUACGAUAGUGUUUCGUACGGCAUGAAAGUUAAAUUUCGCGCAGGCACAACCAUCGUUAUAACCAAUACUUCAACAUUAAAAGUUGUUGGUAAGUUGAGAAAUUUUGAACGAUGUUCGAAAUAA